AUGACAUAAACCAUCAAUACUGAUUUGCUAUUGAGGAUAAGCACUUUAAAUUAAGAGUUUAAGUUGCUAGACACAAAAACUAAUUUCUUUAUUGAGUAAAUCCAAAAUGCGUUGUCAAUCUAAAAAGAAGAGAAUGAAAGUAGUCGAUAUAUCUGUGAUCAGAAUACGAAAAGUGUUAGUGAAUUGAAGGAGCAUUUGGAUCAAUAGGUAGGGAAUCUGUAUAAGAAAUAUGAGGAAUAAGUUAAUGAUAAAAUCAUCGAAUUUGAACGCAUUUAAAAAUAAAAAGAAAUUUCAGAAUAAAAUAGAAUAAUAGAAUUAGAACAAAGAUUCAGCCAAUAUGAUGAAAUAAUUAAAGAAUUAGACAAAAAGUGGGAAUCAAAAUCUAAUGAUCGUUAUAUCGCAAGUAUAAUUCAAAAGAACUUGUUAACCAACCAGAAUAUAGGGUAGUUUAUAGUUGACAAAGUAUUGAAAUCGACCGAGGAGACUGUUCAAAACAAAAUGAUUGAAUAUUCAAAGUUAAUAGAUGAAAGAAUAACAAAUCAAUUUCAUUCAAUUUAAAACUUUCAAACUCAAAUCAGAAAAUACGAAUCAAAGUAUGAAGAGUUUCAAAACCAUCUCAACAUCCAAAAAGAGUUUUAGGUGGAGUGCCAAAAGCAACAACAAAAAAAACUCUAAGCUUUAUAAAAUCAAAAUACAUUAUUCAAGGAAGUGCUGUAACAAUAGGUUCAUAGUAUAAAGGAUUAGUAAGAACUCCUCAAAACCACUAUUAAUGAUUUACGAGAAUAAAUGGUCAAUUAAUUUCAAGAUGUUUCGUACUAAAAGAACUGCAAUAAUGAAUAAGUAAUGCAAAUUUUGGCAUAAGAUCAAAAUACACUUAAGGAACUGGAAAGAAAAUAAGAAUAGAUCAUCAAAAAUGAAAAUUAAAUUAAGUAAAAAUUGGAAUAGAUGGAAUUCGAUUACUGUCAAUAACAUUAAGGAGCCUUAAAUUAAAUUGUUACAAUCGACUGUGAAAUGAAAAACAUUAGAUCAACAGUUAAUGGGAUACAUAAAACUAUAAAUACUAUGUCAUUGAAUCCUUAACAGAUACAAGAAGCUAAACAAAUUGAAAAGCCUCAAGAAAAGUUUAGACCGUUGCUAAUUAGUAAAAAGAUUGAAAAGCAAUUCUGUUUGAAAGAUUAGAUCGGAUAAAUAGAAACUCUAUUUCGACACGUUUAAUUACUCUUCGACCACAUUUGUAAAACUUAUCGAAAUGAACAAAAAUUGGAAUCUCAGAAAUAGAAAUAAAAAGCAGAAUUAACAAGAAACAAUUCGAAUGAACAAAAAAACCUUUCUGAUAACAUAAACAAUCAGUAAUAUGUGAAAUAAUAUUUUUAAUAUGAAAAACAACAAGAAUAAAUAAAGCCUGACUAAAAAGUUGAUAAACUUUAAUAUACAAUGCAAAAUCCUUAAAAUUAAUUAAAAAUUAAUAUUUAACCCUCAUUACAGAAUAAUGAAGAUGUUUUUGGAGACACUAGGAUAUAUUUGAACUCUUCCCAGAGACCUCUUCAUAUUUAAGGAAAAUUUAGGCCUCAAGCUGAAAUGCAAUAUUUAUCUGCCAAGGUGAAAUAAAUCUCAAGUUUGUUCUGCGAUUCAGACUUCAGACAAUCAUUAGUUGAAAAUAACCUAAGUUUUAGACCUGAAUCAGGGAAAAACAGAUUACCAAGGAUUACUUCAAAAAGCUUUCAUUUUUCAAAUGAUGAUGAAUGA